GUCGGCGCACGUCAGUGACGUCACGCGCAGCGCCAUCUCCGAGCUCUGAAAGUCUCCCACACUCCCGCUGCCCGCAAGCCCUGGCGAAUCUUGACUAGGUCUACCUCACCGCCUUGGAUUAAGGAGCCUUUCUAGCCGAAAGCAUUUUUUCCUGUGAUGCUGGCAACUGGAUCCAGGGGCUUCGCAGAGCUACAUCUCCAGCCCUUUUUAAUUGUUUUUGAGACAGGGUCUCGCUGAAUCGCUGUUGCCCAGGCUGAGCUUGAACCUGUGAUCUUCUUAGAUCGCACAGUAAACUGGGUUAACAAGCGUGAGCCUCCACGGCAGGCCUCCAGAGGAAACUUGACGAGAGAGACUCCUGGUGGCCGAGAACCGCUGAUCAAAGUGAAGAGUCUGCAACGCGUGAGGACGACUUCAUCCGAGCGCGCCGGAAGCGGGCCCACAAUGAAGAGUGUGAUCUACCAUACUUUUUCUCAAAAGGAAGCAAAAGAGUACGAUGUUCAGCAACUGGGAGCCCAGAGGGCAGAAGCCUUUGUGAGCGCCUUCCUGAAGCGGAGCAUGCCCCACAUGAGCCAGCAGGCCUGUGAGAACCAGUUGCAGCGCAAAGCUGUUAUUCUGGAGUACUUCACUCGCCGGAAGCGCAAGGAGAAGAAAAAAAAAUCAAAAGGCCUCUCUGCCAGGGAGAGGAGAGAUCUACAGCUCUUUGACAUUAAACCAGAGCAACAGAGGUAUAAUCUUUUUCUCCCUCUCCAUGAACUCUGGAAACAGUACAUCCGGGACCUGUGCAAUGGCCUCAAGCCAGACACGCAGCCACAGAUGAUUCAAGCCAAGCUGUUAAAGGCGGAUCUUCAUGGUGCUAUUAUUUCAGUCACAAAGUCCAAAUGCCCCUCAUACGUGGGUGUAACGGGAAUCCUUCUACAGGAGACAAAGCAUGUUUUCAAAAUCAUCACCAAAGAAGAUCGCCUGAAAGUUAUCCCCAAGCUAAAUUGUGUGUUUGCUAUAGAAAUCGAUGACUUUAUUUCCUACAUUUAUGGGAGUAAAUUCCAGCUUCGGUCAAGUGAGAGGUCUGCCAAGAAGUUCAAAGGAAAAGGAACAAUUGACCUGUGACUUCUUUGCCACCUAAGCCACCUGUUUAUGGCACAUGGAAAUUGGAAACACUCGAAGUACCCAUGCUUCAGUGGCGAGAUUCCACUUAUAGACAGCUCCAGCCAGUGGAAAUCAAAGCCAAGGACGUUGAAUAGCACAGGAAGAUGUGACCUUCAUUUUUGUAAUGCUCCUGUGGAGAGACAAGACAGCCAGAAUCUGCACCAGGAUUAACUCUGGUUGUCUUGAAGAGCAAGACUCUUAGGUUAUUUCUUUUUUGUAAUCUGAGUUUUCUGAAUGUUCUAUGAUAAAUCAGUUAUUCUUUCACUGAUAAAUUGCACACGUAAACUGGAAAUAAAGGAACUGUUGCUGUA